CUAAUGGAGCAUUAAGGACAAGGUAACAUAAGGAGUAUAUUCUCUGGAUCAGAACAGCCAACACUUAGUGGGAUUUCUGCUUUGAAGCUAAAGGUUUCACUAAAGAUCGCCUUUUUCUCAAUCCUUCACUAUGACCAUCUGCUGUGAACUUCUUAUUGGUUUGCUGUUUGUUUUAUCUACAAAUGCACAAGGUUUGCAGCAAGAAUCAGGCAGUUCAAGUUCUGCUGGACUUCAGCCAUGGUUGAUUGGUCUCACAGCCAUGGUUGUGUUCCUUUUCAUUGUAUUCAUCUUACUGAUUGUGAACAGAGCCUGGUGUAAAAAAAGGAAUGAUACUGAUAAGGAAGACAACAAAAGAGAAAGAGUUAAUAUGAAUGUCUAUGACAAUGCUGUGCUUGAUGAAGAAGGAUUGGAAGACAAGCUAAAAGAAUAUGAGGAAAACAAGAAAGCCGCUGGCAAGUGGGUCGAAGAAGAAAAUGCAGAGCCAAAAGUCACAGCAAUGUGACAUUACAUGAGUGCCUUUAUACUAAACUCAGAAAUGAUAUGUGCUGCAAACAUAUUUGUUUCCUCCCAAACUGAUCUUGCUUGAACAUGUUUAAUAAAUUCUUGCCAU